UGUUGACUGCCUCGUGUGUCAGCGUGGAAGUGAAACCGUAAGAGGCCUGGGGUCAGCGGCAGUGAGGGGUAAACACUUUGCAGUGCGAAUGAUGGCAACGAUGUUGACUGGAGUGUGUUUGCCACCGAGGCCACCUUGGACAUUGACUCUUUUAACUCCUCCGUUCUUGACGACAUCAGUGCCAACAUUGAUAGUGUCACCUCCGUCAGACACAUCCAAGACAUUCCCCAAUCAGAAGCCUUCGACACCGCCUUCAGAGCAGGUGAUCUGCAAGCCGACAGCUCAUCCAGAGCCAACCUGAAGAGGGGCCUCACGAGGGCCAAGCACAGCCACAAGCUAAGGCUUGAGGAGCACUUCGACAACAUCUCCGACCCCCGACGCAUGUGGCAAGGCAUCAAGGCCGUUACGGACGACAAACCCUCCAACACCACGCAACCAACCAGCGACGCCUCCCUUCCUGAUGAGCAGAACAACUUCUAAGCUCGCUUUGACGGGGAUAACCAGGAGGCGGCCAUCAUAACUGUGACCCCUGCAGACCACGAGCCUCUCACCCUCUCCCCCACAGGUGUGUGGACUGCGCUGAGCAGGAUCAACGCAGGCUCAGAAAAUGGCGACAAAUUGGCUGGGACUGCUGUCCAUAGUCGUGUUUUACAUAAUUAUACUGGCUAUCGGUAUCUGGGCAUCCAGGAAGUCCAAGCUUGAGGAGAAGAAGUGCACUGGGAACCGCAGUGAAGUUGCAAUGGUUGGGGGGCGGAACCUAAACAUCUGGGUCAGCAUCUGCACUACGACAGCCACUUGGGUGGGAGGAGGCUAUAUUUUGGGUACUGCUGAAAUGGUCUAUAAUCCAAAAAGGGGGUUGAUAUGGGCAACUGGACCCCUUGCCUACAUUAUAAACUUCAUUGUAGGUGCUCUCUUCUUCGUCGAACCUGUUCGGUCGAAGAACUACGUCACCCUCAUGGACCCAUUUCAGGAGAAAUAUGGCAACGCUGUAGCUGCUGUUAUUUUCAUUCCCAGUCUUAUGAGCGAUAUCUUGUGGAUGGCAUGUAUUCUUGGUGGACUGGGAGGGACGAUAAGCGUGGUCAUGGACAUCUCCUCCACGCUGGCUGUGUGUACCUCUGCUGCCGUGGCAAUCCUAUACACGCUGAUGGGAGGACUGUAUUCUGUGGCAUACACUGACGUCAUCCAGCUUGGCUUCAUUUUCGUUGGCUUGUGGCUCUGCAUGCCUUUCGUGCUGGUAAACCCAUCCUCUGCCAACAUCACUAUUGCUGCAGUGACCAAACUGUACCAGGAGCCAUGGAUCGGCAGCCUAGAGCUGGAAGAAGCAGGUCGCUGGGUAGAUGAAGUAUUGCUGAUGGCCAUUGGAGGGAUCUCUUACACAUCUUUCUACCAGAGAAUCCUGUCCACAUCCACUGAUGCACAAGCCAAAAUCACCUGCUAUGCUGGAGCAGUGCUGUGCCCGAUCCUUGCCAUCCCGUCACUCGUCAUCGGGGCAGUAGCUGCAUCUACCAAUUGGAACGAGACCAGCUUCGGUUCCCCGAGCCCGUACGAACAGGGCAAAGCGGGGAUGAUCUUGCCAAUUGCCCUUCAUCAUCUUUGCCCCUUUUACAUCUCGCUGUUUGGUAUGGGGGCACUUGCUGCUUCUGUGAUGUCAUCGGUCGACUCCGGACUUCUGUGUUCCGCCUCCCUGCUGGGCCGAAAUAUCUUCAAGAACAUCAUCUACAAAAAGGCAUCAGAAAAAAUGAUUCUUGUUGCGGUGAAAGGGUCGGUCCUCCUGUGUGGCAUCAUGGGAGCAGGUCUGGCCAUGACCGCGGACUCGCUUCAUCAUUUCUGGAUCUUAAGCGGAGAUGUCUGCUAUUCGAUGCUGACUCCCCAGGUGAUAUGCAUCUUCUACUUAACCCGGAGGGUGAACCGCUACGGCGCCUGUGCCGGCGUGUUGUUGGCACUGCUGCUCCGAACUCUGGUGGGAGAACCAAUUCUCGGCCUUCCUGACAUCCUGCCGCUGCCGUGGGACAAGACGGUGGACGGUCAGCGAUACCGCUUGUUCCCUUUUCGCACUGGAAUCAUGCUCGUCACCACGGCGACUAUUUUAGGAGUAUCGUGCUUUGCUCAAUGGUUGUCUGAGAAGGGCCUGCUGAGAAAAACAAGUGACGCUGAAACAGACACACACAUGACUUACACAAAACCAGGUCCAAUGGAUGUGGAGGAGAAGGAGACCUCCCUGAUCCUCUCGACUUGAACACUUUCUGCUCCAACCGGAGAGCGCUGUUUCAAAUCCUUUCACUGGCUGAAGGUACCGAUACGUGAAUAUAAACCAAUUAAUACAAUAA